AUGUCUUCCAGGGUCAUCGAUUGGAUGGCGCCUGAACAGAUGACAUCGAAACAACUUUACUGGUUUGUGGUCAGUAGAGUGCCAUCCGCGUUUGCCUACACUUCCGCCGCGGGCGACCGACAUGAAGUCGAGGAGAACCGUCUUCCGUAUGACAGAAGAGAAUAUUGUGAGGUGAGGGUCAGAGGUGUGGUGUGGGAUCACGUUGCUUCUUGGUGCGUUCAACUUGACACCCAUGAGGCGGUCGGGGAGCCCGGGAUGAUGGAGUUCUCGGUCGAUUUCGCGAGUGGGGUCACGGUCGAGAUGAAUGAUGACAAGAGACACCAGGCACACCCUGACUGGGUGACGGCGUUCAAGGUCCUUAACACGAGCUCAUGGCCGAUCAAACAAGUGGUCUGUCGUCUCAAAACCGGGGUCGCUACGCCUGAGGCUCUUCAGGACGUUCCGUUCGAAGGAGUCCUCGUCCCCUUGAGAUCCACCGGCGAUAUCGAGGUGCCCACGCUAGAUAGCAUAGACAACGUGGGGAUCGGGAGACUCGCAGCGUUGUGGCAGGGUGCUGGUCGACACCAAAUCUGCGCGUAUUAUCAUCUGGGUGACUUCAAAAUGGACCCGGUUCUCAGAGCUCAGGGGGAAGAGGCUGAAGGACUGAUGCUCCGGCGGCUGGGUGAUGCCUGGGUGAAUGGGACCGAGGUGUCCGAGACGGAUUUCGCGGAGCUAGAAGGGCUAGGGAUGAUAAGAUCCGAAUUCAUGACACUAUUGCGAUAUGCUGCCUGGAGGUUUUGCAGAAGAUCAGGAGGUAGUGAUACGUAA